AUGGCGGGCUGCAAGGGUUAUAGUCGAUUGCUAUGGAAGCAGAAGUUUGUCAUGAAUAUCGAAGAGAUGUCAGGUGGUGUUUUGGAGGUUCUGUUAGUAAAUGCAGAAGGCCUAAAGCAUGCAAGACUGUCAGGAUCAAGGAGACAUGUUGUGAUAGAAUGUGGUGCGCAUACUAUUGCAAGCAAAUUCACAACAGCUGAGGAUGGCAAGGCUUGGUGGAAUGAGAAAUUCUCAUUUAAUUUGUCUCAUUUGGACUUGAAGAAAUUGAGAAGGAUGAGGCUAAGAAUCGUGGGGCAGGACAAGCUUUUCGAACAUCAUCACAUUGGUGAAGCCACAAUACAUCUUAUGGACAUCAUAAAAGAGGGACAUCACAGAGGAAAGAUUGAAAUAAAGCCAACCUCAUACAACGUUGUUCUCGAAGAUCAAACAUACAAAGGAGAGAUCAAAGUUGGACUCAAGUUCACCUCUGGUGUGAGUCCUCUAAAACUCGUCCAAGAAUUCAUUUUCUAUGAAUAG